AUGCCUCCGGCACGCAAACGCAGAGCGGCUGACCCCGAGGACUCUGACGCUUCUCAACCUCAACACGCCCGUCGUCGACAAAGAAGCAGAUCUGCAUCCGAAGACGAAGACAUGUCCGAUGCCAGCCACAACAGCGCACGCGCGCCGACCAGUCUUGACGCGCUGGUAAAGAAAAUGGUGCGCUUUGCGCUGGCGAGCGAGUACGCGCGUAUACCCAUUCGGCGCGCGGAUAUCAGCGCCAAGGUACUCGGUGAGCAAGGGAAGGGUAUGUUCAAGAAGGUUUUUGAACAGGCGCAGAGGCACUUGAGGGAGAAGUUUGGGAUGGAGAUGACUGAGUUACCGCCGAGGGACAAUCAAACCACGCAACAGCGGAGAGCCGCUCUAAGAACCGAAAAACCAUCUACCUCCAACAAAUCUUGGAACCUGUCUACCACCCUCCCACUCAAAUACCGCAAUUCAUCUAUCCUGGUCCCAACCAAAGCCCCCUCAAUCAGCACAGAAAGUACAUACACGGCGUUGUACACCUUCAUCAUUGCCGUGAUCAAGUUGAAUGGAAACAGGCUUCCCGAACAGAAACUCGAGCGAUACCUUGCGCGCACGAACUUGGAUCAGUACACACCCAUUGACAAGACGGAGAGGCUACUACAAAGGCUUUGUAAAGAAGGAUAUAUCGUUCGCAACCGGGAAGUGGAGGGAGGCGAAGAGACCAUCGAGUACAUAGUUGGACCAAGGGGAAAAGUCGAAGUUGGGUCCAGUGGUGUGGCCGGCUUAGUGAGGGAGGUCUAUGGAUAUGGGCCUGAAGCGUCUGGUACAAAUGGAAAUACAAAUGGAAAUGGGAAUGGGAGUGAUGACGAGGGGCCUACACAGGCAGAGCGGGAGGUCAAGAGGGACUUUGAGGUGCGGUUGAGGCGGACACUUGAGAUGCCCGCUCUUACGGAACAGGCUGAACAGACGGAGGAGCCGCCAUCGAGGUCUCAGGCGAAUGGACAUCGAGAGGAAGAGGAGCAGGGCCCCAGGAGGACUUCGAGGAGAGCUGCUCCCGUUGAGGAAGAGUCUGAGGAGGAAGAGGAAGAAGAAGACGAGGAAAGUGAUUAG